AUGAGACCCGGAAUCGCACAAACUUGCUCCAAGAUGGGCAAGUACUUUCUCAUUGUCUAUGCAUUAGCAUCAGUCAUCUACACCGCCCACUACUUUUACACCACCUACGACCGCACUUCGACCUCAGAAAAGCCACUUUCUGCAUUUGCACACGUAGAACCACAAAAUAGACACGUUCAACAAGAGCACCUUAGAGGAUUCUCUUCAAACGUAAACUGGGCCUCUGGUCAAGACGUCGUACAGUCUGUCUCUGAAGAUUUUAUUUUGUCAAAGGUCUUUUCGGAUGCUAUGGGACCUUCGAAUGUCAUGUCUUACUACUACAAGGCCUCUUCUUCAUUUGAACAAGAAGAUAUUACCAUGUCAACCCUCGUAACCCGUAAUCGUUUUAUGGUCCUCAGUCGAUUGGCCAGCCAUUACAAAGGUCCUAUAUCUGCAGCAAUUCAUGUAAACGAUGACGAAACAAAAGAACUAGUCCUUCAAGAACUUGAAGAGAUGGUCGCAACCAACCCAGAUGUACGGAAAUUCGUUGAUAUCCAUCUUAUCCUCGACAAUUUUGACCGCCAAUUCAAUAUGUGGCGCAAUGUUGCCAAGCUGUUCGCAAGAACUGACUAUGUUAUGAUGCUCGACGUCGACUUCCACCUCUGCACAGAUUUCCGUCAGAGAAUCCGCACCAAUCCAGAAAUCAUGGACAAGCUUCGGUCCGGAAGAGCUGCGUUUGUAGUACCUGCCUUUGAAUUUACCGUCCAAGACGACGGACUGAACUCGACCACCUUCCCAGCCUCCAAGGAAGCCUUGAUCAAAGAGGUCGAUAGUGGAAAACUGGACAUGUUCCACAAGUCGUGGCUCAGAGGUCAUGGCUCGACCAACUACGCCCGCUGGUAUCCUUCUCAAGAGAUCUAUCAGGUGGACACCUAUGACUUUUCGUAUGAACCCUAUAUUAUCUACAAAAAGAAUGGAACCCCAUGGUGUGAUGAGCGAUUCAUUGGAUAUGGUGCAAACAAGGCUGCAUGUUUGUACGAAAUAUAUCUUUCCGGAGUGGACUAUUGGGUACUUCCCGAAGAUUUUCUCAUUCAUCAGACCCACAAAUACUUGGAAGAAGCACGUCGAAAAGAGCGUCAAUACAACCGUAAACUGUACAGUAAUUUUAGAGAAGAGAUAUGCCUAAGAUACUCACGGAUGUUCUAUUCCUCUGGAGAAUGGGACACUGAUCGAGCAAGCAAUCUAAAGGGAGAAUGUGAAAAGAUUCGUGGAUUCAGAUCUACUAUGCAUGCCUCCACCCUCUAA